AUGAUCUUGGGGUUGGGGGUCGAUAUCGUGCACAUCCUGCGGUUUAGCAGGCUCCUAGCAAAAGGAAAACCUUUUUCGGACCGACUAUGUCAACGAAUUCUCCAUCCACGUGAAUUGGCCAAGUUCAGAGACCUAAGAAGCGAGGCGGCGGCUAGAUACCUAGCAGGCUCUUGGGCAGCGAAGGAAGCAGUGUUCAAGACCCUAGACGAGAGCGAUCAGAAGACGUUCGAGUUCAACAAGUGGUACAAGUACAGUGUGGGGAAGAAACCAAGCAUUGGUACUGAUGGCGCUAAGGAUGUGUUUCUACUAAGUGUUUCUCACGAUAACGAUAUGCUUAUAGCCACGGUCCUUCGACAGGCCAGUUUUGCGGGGAAGAGUUGA